AUGAGUGUGACCAACUCCUCUGCCUAUCGAUCGGAGCGCAGUUUCCACCAGACUUCAUCCUCCUCCUCGUCCUCUGGUAACCCAUACAUGGAGAAAAGCCGAGGACUGUUCGCUGAGGACUUUGGCUCCUUCAUGGGGCCUGGGAGCGACGCCUUGGGGUUUUCCAGUAAGUUGAGAGGACAUAUAGAGACUGUAUCUGAUUUUGUAAACAAAAGCGGUUUAAAAAUAAGUGCAACUGCAGGUUGAAGUGACAGCUUUGACUGUGACUUGGAUUUAUGUCUGUGCUAAGAGGGGAUCUGUUGAAAGUGUGGUGGUUUUCCUCAUAAAGAAGCGAUAAAACAUGUCUGAGUCAGAUCAGAGCAGUGAGAGAAAUUGCAGGACUGAGUUCAGGAGGUGAAAGGACUGUAGUGUGGUUGAUGUGUUUGGACAAAUGUGCUCCCAAGAAAGAUUACAGCUAAGAUGGUGUUGUUUGAUGGAAUAGCUAGCAUUAAACAAAAGAUAAAGAGCAAAAGGAAAAAGCUUCAAAGUCUGAGUUUAUUGUUGGUAAUAAAAGGACCUUUCAGCUCUGCCUUUCAGAGUUUUACAGGAACUUUUGAGCCUAGAACACACAUUAAAACCAGCAGAUAUUUCACUUCUAAGUGCCUGCGGUUCAUCCUCCAUCUCAGUAAUGUGUGGAGAUGGUGUGAAUUGUUCUGUAUCAGUUCUCUGCUGGCACACAUAGAGGUGUGAAUGUGUGACAUCUGAACUUUAAAUGGGCUCACAGUCAAUGUCAUAUAUGCACCAAGGCAGGGGAGGAAUUGUUUUUGAACUAUUGGUGCAGCACACUGCAAAUCCUGAGGGUGGGUACAUCUGUAGCGGUAGACAGGAACACAUACACACACACACACACACACAUCCAUGCAAAAAAAUGGGGACUGCUGGUCUGACUGCCAGCAGUGUGACUUCACACACAGAGUAUCUGCUAUGACGCCUGCAUGAGGAAUGACCAGAUGGUUUCCCGGUGACCGGUGUGCACACAAAACACUCAAUCGCAAUGACGUUAUGCAAUCAGGCUAAGUUGCAUAUGUCGUGCGCACACACACAAACACACACAUAUAAUAUUAUUUUGAGUCAGGAGACAAGUAUGAGGUCAUGUGUUACCACGUAGUUUCACACUGAGCUCAGAGUCUCUGCAGACGGACAGCUGUCACUGAAUUGACAAAGCCUCAGACUGUGUCCCAUUACAGUUUUCUUACUGUUUUUUCUUUCAAAUUGAAAAUACAUCUCAAAGCCACAUGUAUCCAUAUUUUAAUUGACCAAUCAUAUCCAAUGACUCUAUUAAAAGAUGUAGCUCAUAGUGACAACAAGCAACUGAAUUAUCACGAAGCUCUGCUGUUUUCUUUGGCUGUAAAGACCCGUUCAGCCAUUUUAGCUCCUUGUUCUGAUAUUACGGAUUUGAUUUAUUCAUGCUUUAAUCAUAGUCCACAUCAGGGUUGUGUCCAGAUUCAGACUCUUAGUCUGAGGGGGCCCAACUCACUGAGCAAGUCACUCAGACGUGGCCUGAUGUUUGUGUGCUCUCUCACAGACAAAUAAAUACCAUUUAUAUAUUUAUAUAAAGUUAACUGACAGUAUUAAACUGAAUUGAAAUAGUAAAAAAAAAAAAAAAAAAUUUUUUUUAAUCCCAUUUAGGCCACAACUUUUUUGCUUGGUGGUGAUAGCAAAAACUUGGCAUCUUGUGUAAAUGGGGUUAUAUCGCAGUGGAAGAAGGUCUGGAAGAUUGAUAUACAGUGUGGGGGAUGGAUUGGAUAGACACAUUUGGUGGCUGAGAUGUGACAUCAACCAAAUUGAAGAAAACAGACAAAGCAGCUAGGAACCACGAAACAGACUACCAUAUAAAGGUGCUUUUUUUCAGGUGAUGACCAUGAUAAAUAUAACAUCCUAUUCAAAAAAGGCCAGUGAGAGCCUGAGUGUCUGUGCCAGUCAUUACUAUCAUCAUACCUGACAAGUGAGAGUUUACUCUGUAACAAGCAGCAGACCUAGAAGUUCUGUGAAAACUAUCAAACAAAGACAGACAUACAGAUUAACUCUGUUUCCUCCUGCUCUCUAACAACCUCUCUCAUGUUUCUGUGAGUUCAGGUGGAGCUGGAAAUAUCAAGACUCUGGGGGAUUCAUACCAGUUCACAGUUGAUGUGCGGGAUUUCUCCCCCGAAGAUGUCAUCGUCACCACAUCCAACAACCAGAUCGAGGUUCAUGCAGAGAAGGUGGGAAGCCAUUGUUUUUAAAAAUUUAGAAACAUUGCAUAAGUCCCAGUGGUGGCAAAGGGGUAUUCCUUUUUUUUUUUCACUGAAAUCGUGUUGUAUGGGCAGAAAAACCAGAACAGAAAGUACUGCUACAGAUGAGGUCAACCCAAAUUCCAACCCCAAAAGUAAUUUCAGUAUACGUGAAUGCUAUAUUUAGGAAUCUUCCAGCACUCUGGUCUCCCACAGCAAAGCCUAUUCAUUUUUGCACAAUUGCAACAUCAUCCAAAAAGACAAACUAACCCUUUGAAAACAUGAAUGAAUGAAUCCUUGUCACAUGAUCACUCAGAUUAGAUUUUAAAAUAAUACUCUGUCUUUGGCAGCUGGCCACGGACGGUACGGUGAUGAACACUUUCACACACAAGUGCCAGUUACCUGACGAUGUGGACCCCACCUCUGUGACAUCAUCACUGGGCGCUGAGGGAACUCUGACAGUCAAGGCCCGUCGACACCCGGCCAAACAUGAGCUUGUACAGACGUACCGCACUGAGAUCAAGAUCUAA